GUGUAGCUGUGUGCUGGUGGUUCUGCCAUAAUGCUGGAGAGAAACAUGAUGAACUGGUACGAUAAUGGUACCAAUAACCUUACUGGACCGAGAAGAACGCUCUACCACCCGGUUAUACCGUGUUUUAUACCCGGUUUUACUCACAGCGACCAUGAAUUAAUAUACACGACAUGCAUGGACUGCUGGACCCUGGAGUCAUAUGAUGUACCCGAGCAUGUGAUCACCCCCUUGGAGGUGCAAGUAUGCCAGUGCAGGCUGCGCAGUGGACAGAUUUCCUGUCCUGCCCCAUCUGCUUGAACGAGUUUAAUGCCAGCGUCCACAAACCCAUCAGCCUGGGCUGCUCACACACCGUGUGUAAGACGUGUCUGCACAAGCUGCGCCGCAAAGCCUGUCCCUUCGACCAGACCUCCAUCAGCACAGAUAUCGAGCUUCUGCCCGUCAACCGUGCCCUUUUACUGCUGGUAGGAGCUGAGGUUUCUGAAAGCCGAGGUGUGUGUGUGGGCAGCGCUGAAGACGACAAACAUUAUGAAGUGUGCCGUGCAUGUGUGGAGGAGCUGGCGCACUAUCUCAAACCCAUAAGCACAGGAAAAGGCGUGGCGGCUCAGGGUUCGAGCGCGCUCAGUCGACCCAUGCAGAGAAAGCUAGUGACGCUGGUGAACUGUCAGCUCGUGGAAGCAGAGGGUCGACUGAGGGCUCUACGUGCUGCUCGCUCUCUGGGUGAACGCACCAUUACUGAGCUCAUCCUGCAGCACCAGAACCCCCAGCAGCUCUCAGCCAACCUGUGGGCUGCUGUCCGGGCACGAGGGUGCCAGUUUCUCGGUCCCGCAAUGCAGGAGGACGCUCUGAAACUGGUACUGCUUGCUCUCGAGGAUGGCUCGGCUCUGUCACGGAAGGUUCUAGUGCUCUUUGUGGUGCAGAAGCUGGAGUCCCGUUUCCCUCAGGCCUCCAAGACGAGCAUUGGCCACGUGGUCCAGCUGUUGUACCGAGCCUCAUGCUUUAAGGUGAUGAAGCGUGAUGAGGACUCGUCUCUGAUGCAACUAAAGGAGGAGUUCCGUACGUACGAGACUUUGAGGCGUGAACACGACGCCCAGAUCGUCCACAUUGCCAUGGAGGCUGGACUCCGUAUUUCUCCUGAACAGUGGUCGUCUUUGCUGUAUGGGGAUCUCGCUCAUAAAUCCCACAUGCAGUCCAUCAUAGACAAGCUCCAGUCUCCAGAAUCCUUUGCGAAGAGCGUACAGGAGCUGACUAUAGUGCUGCAAAGAACAGGAGACCCAGCCAACCUGAAUAGUCUCCGAGCUGCCCUAGAACUGCUGGCUGGCAUAGACCAGAACCCAGAUGCUGCUACACCCUUAUGGGAGGAGCUAAACAAGGUGAUGUUGGCGGUAAAGAUCGUGGUCCAUGGCUUGGUCCAGUUCACCCAGAACUUCAGCAAAAAGAACCAUGAAGCCUUUCAGUCUCAACAGCCCAACAGCAAGUACAAGACCAGCAUGUGCCGAGACCUGCGGCAGCACGGGACGUGUCCACGGGGUGUCAACUGCACCUUCGCCCACACGCAGGACGAGCUGGAGAAGUUUCGAACGAGGAAUAAGAAGGUCAGCGGGGGAGCCAGGACGUCCCUCCUGACCUCAGCGGCGUCACCUAAAUCAGACAGCAGUAAUUCCCUGCUCACUGCUGAUGAAGCAGCUUUCAGUGAUCAUGAGGGCGUGGUGUUGGAGAGCCUCUCCCCGACUCGUCUCAUCCCCAGAGGAGGAGAGCAGGAGCAUGAGGAAGCGAUGAAAGAAGUCGCUAACGGACAUCCAUCAAGUCAAGACCUAAAAAUCGUUUCUUCUCCAAAGACUCCAGUUAGUCCCUGUCAGACUCCAGCAUUAGUGCCUCAUUCUAGCUCGGCUCCUGUGAAUGGAGGUGCAGUGCUGCCCAGACACCCCCCUUUAUCAAGAGGUCACCAGGAUGUUCCCUGUUUUCACGAGCAGUGCCCCUCGCAUGAGAUGCCACCCUGCCCGCCCGGUAAUUACUACGUACGCGGUCAUCACAGCUCCUGUCUGCCACACUUCUCUUGCUCCAACCACGCGUCUGAUACACCUGCCCCACCUCCUCGCUCCCCUUCCUACCCAGAGCCACCUUUUCCCUCCCGUUUAGGCCUUUCGCCGUAUUCCUCCAGUCCCCCUUACACACAUCUUCCCCAUAAUCACCCCCACGGGCCCGGGGUGUUUGCACCGCUCUAUGAUAGUCGCCGGCUCUGGAGGCCUCAGCUGCACCACAGACAGGAUGGCAGGAGUAAUUCUCUCCCUCUGGAAGUGCUGCACUCCUCUAUCUACCAUCCUCCUCUUCGAGAGCGCUUCAACUCUUUAGACAGCGCCCACUGUGGCGCAGCAGAGCGGAGAGCUGCGCUGCACCAGGAGCUGUAUGGUCAUGCCGCCCUGGGUUGCGAGGAUUUCUACACUAUCAGACCGGAGCAAUGGCCUCAUCAGCACCAGAACUCGAGCAGGACAGCUCAACAUUCUCCUGUGUUAACUGUAGAUCUCAGUUCUGAACAUGUAGAAAGGGGCAUGUGUAUAAGCUGUAAAUGCGGGGGUGGAAAAACGCCCCUCGGCCGUUAUUCGCCCUGGUCGUGUGGCGCUGGCAGCCCGUUUGAGUCAGAGCAUCUUUACUCGUCCUCCCACUCGUGUUCCCAGCACACGGAUGCUGAAUGUGCCAGUAAACGCUGGCUGCCCGUUUUCGAUCGGUACAGACGCGUGAAAGAGGAGGACCCCAUCAUCCCUUUCAGCGAGGGUCCCAUCAUCUCGAAGUGGGGUGCGAUUUCACGCGCCUCUCGGACCGAUCACCACACCACUGAACCUGUUCAGGCCACGGCAGCGCAUGGCAGAACCACCACCACUCUCAUCAACUUUAGAGAUUAUAGCGCUCAUGUUGGGCCGGGUGAGUGUCGGUGGAGUCCGGGUGGGUUUGACUCGAGUCGUUCCAGUUUUCUAGAGAGUGAUCAGAGGCACCGCUGGUUCAGCGGCGCAGGAAGACGAGGAGUGGAGACGCUGACUCGAGAUGGACCAGAGAGUCAACCAGACCGAGACAUCGAGCUGGAGCUGUGUGUUCUUAACAUGGAGUCAGAGGCACAAGAGAUGCACGCUGAGGUUUCUUUGGAGGAAAGAUCUGGUAAUCAUCUCUCCAGUGUGUUUCGAGAUUCAACAAAAGGCUCCCAGACAGAAGAGAUAACUGAGCACAUGGAUCCUCAUUUACUGAAGGUGCCGACGUUCAGGAAGUCUCGUUGUCCUGAUGCCCUCAGUGUGAGCAAUCUAGCCAUGAAAACUGGAUCACUAAGACCUGCAGAAGGCGUCACCCUGAGCCAGGGGCCCGAGAUCGUUCUGAACGGGAGCUAAGCAGAUCCACAGAAGUGUAAAUGCCUCCUUAUGUCAUGAGGCCACCAUAGAUAUCACGAUGAGCAAUCUCUUAGAGCUCUUUUAAUACAAACUCCAGUUUUUACAGCAAACUGUUAUUCACAGCUUUCUCUGUGGUUGUCAAUGCCUUUUAAACUCAACACCAGUCCCAGAACCAACUGACGUCGAGUUUUAGGGUACCGCUGUAUUACGAUUAGUUGAUUAGUUAAAUAGCUAAUAAAAAUAAAUAAACACUUCACAUACACACUGUAUUCAUUUUAAAGCCAGGGCUCACUUAACCAGCACAAAGUGUGUUUGACUUUUGACUGGCAAUGUUUUCAGAUUUAUUUUUGUUCUUUCUUUAAUUUCCUCCUCAUGCUUAUGCGAUGUCUCAGGGCACCCAGUUAGAAAAGUCAUGGUGCUUCCUAUUUUGCAUCUGUGACAGCUCGGUAGUGAGGUUUUAGUUGUGGCUGAUAAUUAGCUGUAUCUAUAGUAAAUUUCUAUUAUACAUAUUCUUUUAAUAUGAAUAGUAAAUAUAGGCCUGGUGCUGGGUCUGUAUACUGCACAUUGCUUGUGUCAUCACGCAUUAUGAAGCGCUGAAUGAAAAGGCACGAGUGCUUUCGUAUUUGUGAUCUCAGGUUUUGUAUUAAACCUGCUUUAUUGUGUAAUGUUCCUAUGACGUGGUACAGUAUAUUUUUUACUGUGUUAAAACUGCCAGCUGUUUAUGGCUUGAACACAUCUGUAAUAGCAGGUAUUGUAUUGUAUUAUAGCUGCAGUGUGUCCAAACUGUACACAGCUUCUUGGUUUCAAUGCUUGAUAUUAAUCAGGCGCACUUAUUAAGUCAGUAAUAAAUUCUGACAAGGUUUUUUGUUUAGUUACCGUGUUAACAGUAUCUGUAUUUUUUAGCUCUUAGCUUUCUACUUUAGAUUUUAAGUAACCUUGGCUAGCAUGGCAUGCCGACCUUUUCUGAUUCUGUAUUUUGGCUCUGGUUUUGGAUCAGGUUUAGCAGCCCUUCCUUCAGAUAAAAUCCGACCUCUGAUCUUUCUUCUGUGUUCGAAUGUAACGUUGGAUAACUUCUGUGAAGUUGUUUGUCUGAAUAUUUUGUAUCAGGAAUCUUCUUCUUCAACUUUGCUCAUUUUGUUAUUGCAAAAAUAUGUAACAAGUGUGAACAGCAUGUUUUAAAGGUUUCCAGGCUGUUUAACAAUGCUUGUGCGGUCAUAGUGGUGGUGUGAUUGGUAAUGAUCUCUUAAAAAGGGUUUGUAUUUUCUGUUGCUGUUAUUUGCACUCAAUCUGUCCUACAGGAAAAAAUAAUUUUUUUGAGAACUUUUUAUUUGCUUAAAUAUAUAAUUCUGGCACACUGCAUGCAGUAGUGAGGCUUCUGUCAGAGAAUUAAACAUACAUUUUAAGUAAAUUAUGAGGAAAGGUCUUGUUGUAUGUUAGCAAUGGCUAAAUUGUUUGUAAGCAGAGCAAACCUCAGUGUUCUAUCAGUGUGAAAAUCCAGUGUCACAUCCCUGUGGUUGGUGUGUAUUUAAUCAUGCAUCAUUUUUCCCUGGUUUUGUUUGGUUUUGGGAAGGAUAACACUGAGAACCCCAAUUAUAUUGAAAUCUUCAUACGUCAAACACUGUAGCUGUAGAGGAGAUACCGUGCUGUGAAAAACUAUUUGCCUCCUGGGGUUCCUGGGGGUUCAAAUUCCCGACUGGAAAAAUGAGCAUAAAUAGAAGAAAUUUGGAGGGGGCAAAUACUUUUUCACAGCACUGUACAUCUGCAAGCAGGUUCAUAAUUCAUGUCCCCUCCAGAAUCCAAUACGAGCGACAUUGGCAACAUAUCAGUUUUAGGAUCGGUUUAUCUCUCUGCCAAUGAACUACCAUUUGUACAGGGAACUUUUUGAGGGACCAGCUUGGUACCCUUAUGAUCGUCACACUGGAACAUUAAUCUGGUUUAUUUUUGUCUGUUAUAUUUUAAUGCCAGAACAGCAGCGUGUGUGCAUGUGUGUAUCUGUAUCUGUGUGUGUAUCUGUAUCUGUGUGUGUAUCUGUGUGUAUCUGUGUGUGUGUGUGUGUAUCUGUGUGUAUCUGUGUGUGUGUAUCUGUGUGUGUAUCUGUGUGCUUGUUUAAAAACACGCCUGUUAUUGUUUGAGUGUUUGAAGACCUUGUUUCAGUGGGAGUAGUGUUUGAUGACGGACUGUUUCUCUCCUACACAUCUCCCACAAUUCUUUGUGAAAAUGAAAGCUGGCAAAGCUGCUCCACAUUGGAGUGACCGCUUUCCAAGUCAGACUUAAACUGUCACUCACUGCCCAUGAGAAAAUGUCAUGUUGGAAAGGAAAGAGGGAAUUUUGACUGUAGUCCUGGCCAUGAUGUUUUUCACUGUUCAUUAUGUCAUUUUUGGUGGGUUUCAGUAAUAAUAAAGAAAAACAAAACCAA